AUGAAGAGUUACUUGUUUGAUGCAGGAAGAAACCAAGUGGAAAUGGCCCUUCUUAUAGUUGAAGGGUUUUGUUAUGGAAAAAUCAAAUUGGGAUCCAGAUCGACAUUUCGCGUCUCUCUCUUGUUCUCUCUGGCGGCGAUCGAAACGGAGAUUUUGCUCUCACCGUCGCAUCUCCUCCGUGACCGUUGUCCCGUCGACGAACCUCCUUCCAAGUCGUCUCCGUCGACGAAUCUCCUCCCACGUCGUCUCUUCUCGACCAAUCUCCUCCCAAGUCGUCUCCUCUCGACGGCACAUCUCCUUCGUCACCGUUGUCCAGAUCAACGAACCUCCUCCCAAGUCGUCUCCGUCGACGAUUCUCCUCCCACGUCGUCUCUUCUCGACGAAUCUCCUCCCAAGUCGUCUCCUCUCGACGGAUUUCAUCCCGAGGCAUCUCUCUGCGAUUGGAAGGUGAAAGGGUUAUUAGGUGAGGUGAGGUUCGACCACCAGGAUUGUAUUAGCAAGGAGAUCGAAGAGAAACAACCAUUUCCUCCACAAUUUAAGUUCUCGGAUUACAAAUGGGUCUUGAUUACAGCUACUCACAACCUUCACAGGAUGAGACGUUUGGUGGGGCAGAGACGGACAGUGACUACAAUGAAGUCGAAUCUCUCAUUCAGCAAGACCAAGCUCAGUUACGCGAAGCUCUCAUUCACCAACAGGAAACUCUCGUUGAGCAAGACCAAGCCCCUGCGUUUGUGUACCCUCCGCAGCCGGAGGUUGAAUUCGGAUUUCCACAGAUCUGCUACUGUGGAAGUGAACCGAAGAUUGCUACGUCUAGCAUCGAACCAGGUCGCCGAUACUACACAUGUAGAAAUGCAAACGAUGGAGAGUGUCAUGUGUGGAAAUGGUGGGACGAGGCUGUAA